UCUCUCGUAUGCCAACUGCAGCUUUCCUCCACCGGAGAAACCCACAACCACCACCACCGGAUCACUCUACAUGGCUGCUGCAACCGCCACUGCCGCCGCCGCCAUAGGCUCUCCAUUCUCCAAGUGCAACAUAAAAUCAAAACCAUGGCCUUCCGAUCCUAUGUUUCUUAGAAUAACAUCCACAGUACCCAUGUUACAAGUCUCAUCAUCAUUAUCUCAUUCUCAUGUUAGAACUGAACCGAUACCCAUCUCCGGAAAGUGGCGGGUGAUGAAAAUAUCAGCUUCGGUGGCACAAGAAGAGGCGGCAGUAACUGUGGCGGAGGAAACCCCAGAACCAACGGAGGAGGUGGUGGUCAAGGAAGAAGAAGAAGAAGUCUCCGGUGACGGAGAUCGAACUGAGGCAAACAGUUCCGUCAAUACCAAACUUUACUUUGGGAAUUUACCCUAUCUUUGCGACAGUGCUCAGCUCGCCGGAAUAAUACAAGAUUACGGUAGUCCGGAGCUUGUUGAGGUACUCUAUAAUCGGGAAACCGGAAAAAGUAGAGGCUUUGCGUUUGUGACCAUGAGUAGCAUCGAAGAUUGCAAAGCAGUGAUUGAAAAUCUCGAUGGAAGGGAAUAUGGUGGUAGAACAUUAAGGGUGAAUUUUUCCGAUAAACCUAAGCCAAAAGAGCCUUUGUAUCCAGAAACUGAGUACAAACUAUUUGUUGGAAAUCUAUCGUGGUCUGUUACCUCCGAGAGUCUAACAGAGAUGUUCAAUUCACAUGGUAAUGUAGUUGGAGCACGGGUUUUGUAUGAUGGCGAAACUGGAAGGUCUCGCGGAUAUGGGUUUGUUAGUUACUCCACAAAAUCCGAGAUGGAGACGGCCCUUCAAGCUCUUGAUGGAAUGGAGCUAGAAGGGCGAUCAAUGCGAGUUAGCCUUGCAGAAGGGAAAAAGCAGUAAAAUGAUCAAGAUUUCAAGAUCGAGAUUAAUUGAGUUGUUUUGUGGAGAAACUAAGAGAUAGAGGAUUCCGGGGUUUGAUAGUUUGUCUGUUUAAAACUCACUUUCGAUGUGCACACUGCAUACUCUUCCCGUUGUACCCUUUCGAGAAAACAAAGAAACGAAUUGACAACAAUAUCGACAAUGUGAAUACCGGUUUGCUUAGGUCACAAUCAUUAUGUUUCUCAUUCACAUUAUGUAGCUAUAAUACAUUGAUUGAAAAUUGGAUUUAUGAGCUCUUUAUAGGUUCAAA